AUGCAAAACACAGAGUUGAGUUCGAGGCGACUCUCCAACGGUUGCCUCAGACAGGCCUUGCAUGGACCGCGGAGGGCAGUAGUGGCUCGCACCGUGCGAAACGGCUGCUAUGAGGUGAAGCAGCCGUUACUGCGGGAGGAGGCGCAAGACAUCCGAGGGGGUUAUCAGCCGGGGCUCAAUGCGGGCUCGGGCAGGAGGCAGCUGUCCCCCGCCAGGAGGCCUCUCACUGCUCCGGGGCGGGUGGCGUUGCUGAAUUCCCCCCUCAGCGAUGUAUCUUCCCGGCGACGGCGCGCCUUUAUGGAAACUGCGCCGCACACCUGCAUUAACGGCGCCAGCGCUGAUUCUGGUGCCGCCGCGGGUGCGGCCGUGAACGGGAGGGAUGGCGUGCGGCGGGCGAGUCAGCAGCGAGGGCAGCCCCACGGGGUGUCCGCGCGGCUGCCGCGGCGUCGUUCCCUCCUCUUCUUCCCCAGGACGCGGGCCAGGGGCAACAACGCCAGAGCCACCGGCCUGGUCGAGUUCGUGCGGCACAGUCCCUCCCUGAGCCUGCAGUCGUCGAACUCGGCCCCCUCUUCCUCGCUGCGACACGCUCGCCGGACGUGGCAGGCGGAGGCCGUCUUGCGUCGUGCCCUGUCCUCCCCGGCUGCCUCGGCGCUAGACAACGUGACGCCGCUGUCGGCGCGAAAACACUCCAUUCGCAAGCAGCUGGCCACCACCCCGCCGGCAAGGCGUGAGAACGGAGAGGCGCCUGUGGUGUUCCGGCGCCACCUCACCUGCAUUGGGGUCUCCCUGGGGCAGAGCUCGGAGCGCCGCCCGCGGCCGCAUCCGUGUAGCCGGCCCAUCUCUCCCUUACCUUCCCAUCAUGGGGGGCCGCACAGCACAAAGUCGCGAGGCGGCAUCCACGGCAGCCGCCGCGGCCACAGGGAAAACCUCUUGUCUGACGCUUCUCCCACGGCCUCCUCUUGCCAAACCAAUCACCACGCAUGCCUGACCUCGCGCAGCUCAAUGGAGCGAGUGCGGGCGAACCGAAGCACCCUGACGGGGAAGUUCGACUGGCCCUUGGGACGAUGUGGAAUUUACUGGGCUCCCUCCAACUUGCGCAGAGCGUGUGCGCCCUUGAGUCCUGCGCGGCCCACAGGGAUGGAGCAGUUAUCGAUGCGCGAUUUUCUCUCUGCUCACUUGCCGUCGUGUGAAUUUAACGCGUUUCUGAAGUGCGUCAAGGUCCGGGGGCCGCCGUCGAAGGAGGACGGCAAAAGUCAUGCUGUCGCCACCAUACGUGAAGGGGAUUACCUCUUUGCGUGUCAGGGCAAUCCUCUGGUAGACAUCACCGACCUCGUGCAGGUCGUGCGCGAGUCCCUGGAACGCGGCUGCGAGAGCCUCGAGAUGAACGUGUUGCGCGGCUCGGCGCCGGCUUUGGUGCGGGAAAAACUCCACGCGUAG